AUGGUCAAACCAAGGUUACGACGGCUAUCUACCGUCUGCCUCACCCCAAGCCCACAGGAGCAGUCACCACGACCUGCCUCCGCCUUUGACGAAUUCUCUGCCUUUAACCACUCGGAAUCCCGCCCAGUCAGCGGCGCCUACUCGACCUCGUCUUCCUCCUCCCAACACACCAUGUCGAACAAACCUCCCACCCUCAAAGAUAUUCUCGUCGACGCUGCCCCGCCGCCCUGGACUCUAAGCGCCUUCAUGGCCUACCUUUCCCAAAACCACUGCAUGGAGACGUUGGAGUUCACCCUAGACGCUCAGCGGUACGGCGCCUUCUACAAACAACUCGAGUCCGACCAUUCCCCUUCCGACGAGAGCAAUGAACGAGUCUGUGGCUGGUGGCGAAAGCUCAUGCAGACUUACAUCGUUCCCUGCGCCCCUCGCGAGGUCAACAUCCCUGCCCGCAUCCGUGACCACCUCCUCGCCGUCCCCGAAGGCCCCUCUCCGCCGCAUCCGUCGAAGCUUGACGAGGCAGGCCGCAUCAUCUACGAGCUCAUGAAUGACUCGCUGCUCGUUCCUUUCCUCCAAUCCGUGGCUCCUCUCAACGGGGGUUCGGGCGAGGAACGCGCACGCUCGCCUCGGCAUCGAUCCCGAAACAGCGGCGGACGCGCCGUCGGACAGCUUUCUCGAUCAGCCACCAUCGAGGCCGACGAAUUCACCGACGAUAGUGACAGCAACACCCCGCCAGCGCAGGAACCCAUGACCCCGCCAACCACACCGCCGACGUCUGAAUACACGUUCAAUUCGUCCCCCGGCGGUUUCCAGCGAGCCGUGGCCGCACACAGCAAAGGUUGGAAGAAGGUCAGCGCCAAGUUGGGCCUGGGCCGUAAGGGCUUUGGUCGGCGCUCCACACCGUCAACGUCGAGCGCAGAAUGCGAUGUCCCCGUUGCCUAG